AUGUCCACUACUACUGUUUCAUCAAAAUUAAUCACAACAAGUACUUCCCAAUUAAUCACGUUAGCAGCUGGUUGUUUCUGGGGAGUUGAAAGAGUAUUUAGAAAGCAAUUUGCUGACAAAGGAUUGCUUGAUAUUAAAGUAGGUUAUGCCAAUGGUAUACCAACUAUUGGUAAUGUCAAUUAUGAAUUGGUUUGUACUGGUUCCACUAACUUUGUUGAAAGUAUACAACUUUCAUAUGAACCAUCUCAAUUGAAAUUGGAAGAUAUUUUAGAUAUUUUCUUUAGAAUGCAUGAUCCAACCACAGUCAAUUCACAAGGUCCAGAUAUUGGUACUCAAUAUAGAUCGGCUAUUUUAACUCAUAGUGAUGAAGACAAUAGAUUGGCUUGGAAAUUGAAGGAAGAAUAUCAAAAAACAUGGUAUCCAAAUCAUAAGAUUGUUACCAUAAUAGAACCAAUUAAAGUUUGGUAUGAUGCUGAGGAAUAUCAUCAAAAGUAUUUAGAAAAGAACCCACAAGGUUAUGAAUGUCCCUCUCAUUUCAUAAGAACUAAGCCUAAGGCAUAG